CGCCAUUAUUCGAAGAGUUGAUUGUGUUCUCGAUGUGGCAUCGGUCUCUUCCGAGGACCGUGCCGAACCGCUCGUAUCGAUAAGAUCGCGGAAGAAUCUCGCCUUGCCUUUGAACAUUUUCCACCUGGGGACGUGAGAGCGUUGCAAAACACACACAGCCAAGCCGAGAAGGCGAGAAGACCGGCAACAUGAAGACCACAUGGAAGGACAUCGCGCCCGUCCCCACCUCGCAGGAGUUUCUGGACAUUGUACUGUCCCGCACCCAGCGCCGACUGCCCACGCAAAUCCGCGCAGGCUUCAAGAUCCACCGUAUACGUGCCUUCUACAUUCGCAAGGUCAAAUACACGUCUGAGACGUUCGCGGAGAAGCUUUCGUCGAUUCUUGACGGCUUCCCGAGGUUGGCCGACAUCCAUCCCUUCCACAAAGACCUGCUAAACACGCUUUACGAUGCGGACCACUUCCGGAUAGCAUUAGGCCAGCUGAAUACCGCGAAAGGCUUGAUUGAGACAGUAUGCAGAGACUACCUUCGACUUCUCAAGUACGGACAGUCGCUCUUCCAAUGCAAGCAGCUGAAGAGGGCGGCGCUGGGCCGCAUGGCCACCAUUUGCAAGCGGCUAAAAGACCCACUGCUAUAUCUGGAGCAGGUACGACAACAUCUUGGCCGCUUGCCCUCAGUUGACCCAAAUACGCGAACCCUACUCAUCUGCGGCUACCCAAAUGUCGGCAAAUCCUCCUUCCUCAAGAACAUCUCACGUGCGGAUGUAGAUGUCCAACCGUAUGCCUUCACGACCAAGUCACUGUUUGUGGGACAUUUCGAUUAUAAGAUGCUGCGCUUCCAAGCGAUAGAUACACCAGGUAUUCUCGAUCACCCAUUAGAAGAGAUGAACACGAUUGAGAUGCAGAGUAUCACGGCCAUCGCACAUCUGCGAAGUGCUAUCCUGUAUUUCAUGGAUCUGAGCGAGCAGUGUGGCUACAGCGUACACGCACAGAUGGCCUUGUUUCAAAGCAUCAAGCCACUCUUCUCCAACAAGCUUGUGUUCAUCGUCAUCAACAAGAUCGAUAUCAUGAGACCCGAGGACUUGGACGCAGAGACACAAGCGAAGCUGCAGGAGCUGUUGAAAAGUGGCAAUGUGGAGCUGUUGCAGCUCUCGUGUACUACAACGGAGGGUCUGAUGAAUGUGCGGAAUGCAGCUUGCGACAGAUUGCUGGCAGAGCGAAAUGCGCAGAAGCUCAAGGCGGGCACAAACGCAUCAGGAGAGGUGACAGGCCGAUUAGGCGACGUGCUUCGACGUAUCCACGUCGCUCAACCACUUGGCGGUAUUCUGCGCGAACCGUACAUCCCAGAGGCUGUUCUUAACAGGAUGAAGUACGAUAAGAGUGAUCCAGACCGGCCGAAGCUCAUGCGUGAUGUCGAAGAGGAGAAUGGUGGCGCCGGCGUGUUCAAUAUCAACCUCAAAGAGAAGUAUCUGCUGGAUGACGAUGAGUGGAAGGCCGACAAGAUCCCAGAGACGCUCAACGGCAAGAAUGUCUACGACUACUUCGACCCAGACAUUGAAGCCAAGCUUGCCGCGCUGGAAGAGGAGGAGGAAAGGCUUCAAGGUGAAGGCUACUAUGAUGACGAAGAAGAGGAGCUCGCCGAUGCGGAGGAAGAAGAUGUCAGAUAUAAGGCUGAGCUGAUCCGCGAGAAGCGACAACUCAUCCGGAACGAGAACAAAAUGCGCAAAUCGCUGAAGAACCGUGCCGUCAUCCCGCGCUCGAAGAAGGCCGUGCAGCUCGAGAAAAUGCAGGCCGGUCUCGAGAAAGCCGGCUACGACACCACCGCCCUUGCCGCACGCGCGCGCUCACUCAGUCGUCCGGCCCGCGGUCGCAGUACCGGUCGCGCGGGCACCGAAGAGGCAGACGCAAUGGACGUCGACGCCGCGCCUGCGGAGCGUCUUCGUCGCAGCUUGUCUACUGCUCGACAGCGGAGUCAGAGCACGAACAGACGGGAUGACGGAGUGCAGGAUGAGACGGCGCGGACGAAGGCGGAGAGGUUGGCGAAGUUGGGGCAGAAGAGGAUGAAUCGUAUGGCGAGGCAGGGCGAGGCGGAUCGGCAUCAGACGGCAAGUAUACCCAAGUGGCUUGUUGCUGGGAAGCGGGGGAUGGGGAGUACGAGAAGUCGGUAAGGUUAUGGUUAUGCUGCAUUUGGGUGGCGCGGAUGGGAAUGCUUGCUGGGGUACUUGUUUGAGCGAGCAAUUGUGCAUGUUAGGAGUGCUCGGCGUACUCUAUACGCGACUGCUCAGGGGUCGGGUCUGCGAAAUGCACACGGCUCCGUAUUGAGAUGGACUCGCUAGAAGCGGUACUGCGAUUGAAAGAUCAACCAACCUUGCCACCUCGCGUUCGUACUUCGGGCAUGGGUGCGAAAGUUCGAACUCGGAUCCUGUUCAAUGAUUGCCGACUAACAAGUUAUGGUCACCGCCAACGAACGCCACGCUAAUCAACAACAAUAGAGCCCGCGCAAACACUCUACGUCUUCGUGGCAUCGCCCGGCUCCAGCUCCUUCACCAAAUCAUACCAACCACCACCGCCGAACUUACACUCACUUGGGCC